CAUGGCGGCGGGUCAGGUGAGCGUUGGGUGUCAGGGCGACCGGAGCUCCUUCCUCCUCCUCGUCCUCCUUGACUCUCGACGGACACUCGACGCCCUCAACUUAUAUAUCAUUUCCCGUUUAUUUUGGAUUAAUUAAGUGACACUAUCGCAGCGGGACUGUGUGGAAGUUGUUGGUUUAUUUUGGUAGCAACUGGAGAAGAAUAAUGGCGACUUUGACGCUACUGUUUGGAACAGUGGUGCUAGCGGCCGUGGUAUCGGGUGUUCCCGUCAAAUACCAAAUCAGUGGGACCACAUCAGCGCUGGUAUAUUUGACUAAAUUUGGAUAUAUGGAUCCAGCAGUCACCAAUCCACAGUCUGGAGCGCUGAUUUCUGGAGACAAUGUUCGCAAAUCCAUCAUGGAAUUCCAGGCAUUUGCUGGGCUGAACCAGACAGGUGAUCUGGAUAAAUUGACUCUCGAAAUGAUGAACAUGCCCCGUUGUGGUGUUAAAGACAAGGUUGGCUUUGGUGCAGAUGCAAGAAAGAAACGCUAUGCUCUUCAAGGCUCCAGAUGGCGUGUGAAGGAACUUACUUACAGGAUCACCAAGUACCCAAAAGGACUUCACAAAAAUGAUGUUGAUCGAGAGAUUGAAGCAGCAUUUAAGGUGUGGGCAGAUGUGACUGAUUUAUCUUUCUCAACUGUGAAUUCUGGGAAAGUUCACAUAGAGAUCCGUUUUGAAAAAGGAGAACAUGGAGAUGGAGAUCCCUUCGAUGGUCCGGGUGGCACAUUGGCCCAUGCUUACUUCCCUAUUUAUGGUGGUGAUGCUCACUUUGAUGACACUGAAGCGUGGACUAUUAACAAUAUCAGAGGUACGAAUUUAUUCCAAGUAGCAGCACACGAGUUUGGUCACUCACUAGGUCUAUCCCACUCCGAUGUCCAGAGUGCUCUCAUGGCUCCGUUCUAUCGGGGUUAUGAGCCUAAUUUUAUAAUUGAUAAUGAUGAUAUCCAAGGCAUCCAGGCACUGUAUGGACAAAAGCCUGCCCGGCCCACACCAGCGACUCAGAGGCCUGAGACAGGUGGUGGUCCUAGAGGAGGCGGAGCUUCAGGAGGCUCUCUCUGUAGGGAUGCAUCUAUUGAUGCUAUUGUUACUAUGUCUGAUAAGGAAACUUAUGUCUUUAAAGGAACUGAAUAUUGGAAGCUCACUGACGAUGGAGUUGCCCAGGGUUACCCAAAAUCAAUUUCAGCGGACUGGCAGGGUCUGCCUUCUAAUCUUGAUGCUGCCUUUACAUGGACAAAUGGCAAAACUUACUUCUUCAAGGGAGGUGAAUAUUGGCGUUACACCGACUUGGUAAGAGAUACGGGUUACCCAAAGUCAAUUGAAAAAGGUUUUGCAGGAAUUCCUAAUAAUAUUGAUGCAGCCUUUGUUUGGUCUGGAAAUGGCAAAAUAUAUUUCUUUAAGGGUACUCAUUACUGGCGUUUCGACCCUACUCAGCGCCCACCUGUGAAGGAGAGCUACCCUAAGGAUAUAUCUAACUGGGAAGGUCUUCCUAACAAUCUAGAUGAUGCCCUUCAGUACUCUAAUGGAUAUACAUACUUCUUUAAGGAUGGAGAAUACUGGCGGUUUAAUGAUCGAGCCUUCCGUACAGAUACCGCCUCCCCUGAGUUCCCUCGGCCAGCAGGCUACUGGUGGUUUGGCUGUCCUGCUUCAGGCUCUCAGGUCGCCGGAGAUUCCGUGAACACUCGUGGUGGAGCAUCUCCAUCAGGUGGAGGGGAUGGUCAAGAUGAUACCUUUGAUGCAGCCGGUUCAAAUGAUGGCUUUGACCCCAACAACAACUACGUAAAACCUCGAGUCUCAGAAUCUCUAAGUUCUGGAAAGAUCAAUAGCAGCAGUAGAGCCUUUACCAGUCCAAUUACUCUUGUCAUCGCUCUUUUCACAACGCUCCUGCUUAAGAUGUGAACUGGUGUGUCAAGUGAAGGCGAUUCUGAGCAAUACAUGUCCCGCAGUUAUUCUACCAGUUCAAAUUAAACCAUUAUAUGAAAUGGUUACUUUAUCCUAACAAACAGUUUGUAUAUGUGCUUAUAUAAAUACUUUCACAAAUCAUUGUACAAAUUUUGCUGACACAAAUUAUGUUAAUAUUUCUGUAUCCUGAUUUGUCGUGCUUGACCCUUUUUUAUGGGUGAAAAUGUUUAAUUUUCAAUUAGGUAACUUGUUACAAGUUGUUUAUGAUUUUGAGUUCAAUCGAUGAGACCAUAAAAAUAUUAUAUAAUAAAUUAGUAAUUACUUCUAGAAUACAGUAUAAGAAAUAUAAUAUAUUUAGAAUGUCAAAACCUCAAUAUUAUGACGAGUUUCACGAAUUGAUUGUAAACAUCACUAAAAUAAUAAAUAAAUCAAGAUUGGAACCAAAAUAAAGGUAAUUUCUUACGACAAUUCUUUUUACCAUUUGUAGAUUAUUGUUUACGACUCCAACAUAAAACACGAUAUCUUCCAAAGUGUUCGUACAUGUAAGGCCAGAGAGGCUGGUGCACACCAUCUGGACAUUUUACCACCCAUGUAACACUCCAAAUAUUGCACUAUUGCUGUUGUAAACACUGAAACAAAAACAACCUAUUCUAUCCUAGACCUAAUGUAGUACAGAUAUUCUAGAUUAGGCAUUGAAGAGGUUAGGUUUGGCCUACAAUUGCUUACCUUAUUCCUAGGGUAGGUUAGAUUCUUCUUGUUUCUUUUUUAUCUUGGUGUUUUGAGUUUACAAGGUCAAUAGUGUGUAGUGCAAGUAGUGUAAAAUGUCAGCUGUUGUGUGUUGAUAUGGAAACAUGUAACUACAAAUUUAUGCUCUGGUGGUCUAGUGUACAUACUGAAAACAUAGCAGUGCACUUGCAGAGGACUACAUCAGUACUACAUCAUAGGUGUUUUGUAAGUGAAUUUUAUAUUUCUAGAUUUGUUUGCCUUCUUAAAAAUAAAAAGUAAUAUAUUUAAAAAGUAACAGUGGCAAUACCUCUUAUGAUAUUUAAAUCUGUAAUGGCUGCCUUAAGAUUUCCUAAACUAUGUUGUAUCCUUGGCUCUAUUGAAAUGUCUUAAGCUCUACAUGUCACUCCUAGCUUUUUAAAAUUCUGUAAACUCUUACCCAGUUUGAUGUCCAAAAUCUGAUACUUGGUAUUAAUUUGUAGUGCCUGUGAUUGCAGCCACUGACCUGUGUAUCUGCAUGUUAAUUCUAAGUCUAUUCCAUUAACUAGUCACUAGUAACUAGUGACUUAAUUAUCCGAGUGUAUGACCUGAACAUCAGUAGCGACGUGUAUUACUCAGCGUGUCUGAAAUUUGCUUGUAACUGAAUGUGGACUUUUUUUAAUGUUGGAAUGUCACAUUGUGUGAAUUUAUUAAGAAUCAAGAAUGAUCUCCUUUUGAAGUACGUAUACUAGUUGUCAACUAGUGUUCCUCGGCAGGCACAUGCUGAUGAAGCAAUGUCGACCCGACAGUACUGACACUGUUUUGUUCUUGUGUCUGGAGGGGUAACUAUUUCCCAGUCAUUGGUAUGUGACACUUUUAUUGUUGAGGACAUGACUGUUUUUCUCGUGAUGAAAUGUAUUUCGGGUUUGUGAUUGAUAUUCACAAUAUUUAUGACUUAAAUGACAACAAAAACAAUUCCUCAAGGCAUUAGCUUUGUUUUGAUAUAUAAACAAAGUGAAUUAAGUUAUUGUUAGUCAUGUAAGAAUGAAAUUUUAUAUAAUUUUUGUAUAUAUUUGUACAUAUGUCAUUAAUAGGGUUUCACUUGUUAUUUUCAAUGUAUUUUGUUAAAUAAGCUUCCUAUUUUGCUUAUGUUUGUAUGUAUUUUUAACAAAUUUCUCCUCUGCUAAUUACCCUAUUAGUGAAUAAAACUUUUUUAUAAAA